AUGUUGUUGAUAUAUUUUUAUAUUAUUUAUUUUGUUACAAAUUAUAAAACUUUUAAUAUACCAACAGUUUAUGCAAAAAGUGAGACAGUGCCUAAGAAUCUUUUGCAUAACGUACUUCAAGGCGGGAUAUCAUACAGUAUCAACAAUGUUGUAAAAUACGAACCCAGGCGUAGAAUUAGAAAGAGAUUGAUAUCGAAUGAUUUCGUGGAAUACAUGGAACCGAACGAACAAGAUUACUACUACGAUAGAGCACAGGACGAUACAAAUAAUGAUAUUCAGUACGACAGGGUUAACUCCUUUUUAAAUAACUUGAAUUUACGUCGUAAAUUUGUGAGUGCUAAAACAGCAGAUCCUGACAUUUCUGAUAUAUCUUACGAAAAAAGUGAAUCAACCAGUUAUCCUUCUACAGAUAUGAGUGAUGCUGUAACUUUCACUGAUAAUAUGGAGAGUUCUUCUACAGGAAUAGAUAUAUUUAACUCUUCUGAAAUAUUGGAUAUAUCUGGAGAACAAAACAAAGUUAAAAAUACUAAAGGAAAGAGUAAUAAAACUUUGCCUUUACAUCGUGGAAUAGUAAAACAUUCAUUAACAGAAAAAUCUAAGGGAGAAAUAACCUUGCAGUUGGAACCAGGUGGCCCAAAAACCCAUUACGACAUUUACAAAUAUAAAGAUUAUGAAGAUUCUAACAACCUAAAUCAAAGUCCAAGUCCUCUUAUUAAAGUUUUGCUGGUAACUAGAUUACCAGAAGACCUAUUGGAACAAAAACCAUCUCCGUACACAGUGAAAACAACUGCAUCCGAUUCGUCCACUUCAAGUCCAUUUGAUGUAAAAAUUGUAAAGUACAAAGAUUACCCAAAUUAUGAAGGCAGAAAUGGUUAUGGAAAGCCUAGUAAUAUAACACAUGAGUACCAACAGAAUACAAAAGUGACACAAGAAUAUAAUCCGAUUGUAAAAGUAGCAGUUCCAGAAAUAUUAAAAGACGAAGCAAUGUUCGUAGAACAAAGACUAAAAGACAGCAUGCUUUUAAAAACGAAUACUACAGAGAUCGAGAAAUACGAUAUUCUAAGACCGUUACCUAAAGUUACUGACUAUUAA